AGUACAUGUUCCGCCGCCUCCUCACAGCCAUGGCCGAAUCCGCCCCCAAGCGCCUCAAGACCGACGCCGCGAGCUCCUCCUCCUCCUCCGUCCUCGUCGGCACCCACAACGGCCACUUCCACGCCGACGAGGCCCUCGCCGUGCACAUGCUGCGCAUGCUCCCCGCCUACCGCGACAGCCGGCUGCUGCGCACGCGCGACCCCAAGCUCCUCGAGGCGUGCCACACCGUCGUCGACGUCGGCGGCGAGUACGACGCCCAGCGGAACCGGUACGACCACCACCAGCGCGGCUUCGAGACGACCUUUCCCGGAAAGCAGACGAAGCUUUCGAGCGCGGGGCUGGUGUACAUGCACUUUGGCCGGGCCCUCAUUGCGCAGCGUCUCGCUGAGGAGAAGUUUGCGUCUGCUGCUCCUUCAUCAGAAGAAGAAAUCAAGGUCGGUGAGGAGGAGAGCAGCAGCAACAGCGAGGACGUAGACCUGCUCUACAACAAAAUCUACGAAUCCUUCAUCGAGGCCGUCGACGCCCACGACAACGGCAUCUCAAAGUACCCCCGCGACGCCCUCGCCGCCGCCUCCAUCGAGCCGCGCUUCUCCUCGGGAGGCUUCACCCUCGGCGCCAUGGUCGGCCGCCUCAACCCGAACUGGAACGACCCUAAGCCGGCCGACCCCGAAGCCGCCCAGGCGCACGAGGACAGCCUCUUCCUGACGGCCAGCCGGCGCAUCGGCGAGGAGUUUGAGCGCACGCUCGACUUCAUGACCAAGGCCUGGCUGCCCGCGCGGUCGAUUGUAAAGACUGCGUUUGACGCCCGCAGGGAGCACGAUGCCGAGGGUAGGAUCCUUGUGCUCGGGGGCCAGAGCGUGCCGUGGAAGGAUCACCUGUACAGCCUGGAGGAGGCUGAGGGCAAGCCGAGUGUCUUGUAUGUGCUGUAUGCCGAGGGCACGCAGCCGGGCGCCAAGUGGCGUAUUCAGUGCGUGCCUGAGACGGCGGACAGCUUUACGAGCAGGAGGCCGUUGCCUGAGGCGUGGCGCGGGUUCCGCGAUGCGGAGCUUGAUGGCGUGGCGGGUGUUGACGGAUGCGUGUUUGUGCAUGCUGCGGGAUUCAUUGGUGGGAAUAAGACGUUUGAGGGCGCGCUGGAGAUGGCUGUCAAGGCGUUGGCUUGAAAGGGUCAUGGUAGGAAACGUACUCAAGUGUCGUGAUGUCAAUGGAAAAGGGGCUACAUG